AUGUCCACCAGCACCGAUCACCACGAAGAGGAAGAUGUUCCCGCCGGCGAAGACGAGGAUACUGGAGCACAGGUUGCUCCGAUCGUCAGACUCGAAGAGGUCACUGUUUCCACCGGAGAAGAAGAGGAAGAAGCUAUUCUCGACCUCAAAGCCAAACUGUACCGUUUUGACAAGGAAGGGAAUCAGUGGAAGGAGCGAGGUGCCGGAACUGUGAAGUUUCUCAAGCAUAAGGUUACCGGAAAAGUGAGGCUUCUCAUGAGGCAAUCGAAGAUCCUCAAGAUCUGUGCAAAUCACCGCAUUUUGCCUAACAUGACAGUGCAAGAGCAUGCUGGGAAUGAGAAGUCUUGUGUUUGGCAUGCAAGAGACUAUGCUGAUGGUGAAUUGAAAGAUGAGCUUUUCUGCAUUCGAUUUGCUUCAAUUGAAAAUUGCAAAAAGUUCAUAGAUACAUUCCAAGAAAUUGCCGAAUCCCUGAAGAAAGAGGAAAACGAGGAAGUAACUGCUGCUGCUGAACUCCUUGUGAAAUUGAGUGUUGAUCUGAAAUCAGAUGCAGAAAAGAAAGAUGAAGAGAAAUCUGAGGACAAAAUUAAGGAGCAAGAAUCUGCCCCAGAAAAAGAAAACAAAGGAGAUUCAGAGAAGGAAGCUAAAGAGUCUGGUUCAUCUGCUUGA